AAUCAAAAUUGAAGCGGCGGGUGGUUUGACGGCUCCAUGUCCACUGUUUCUAGUUUUUUCAGCUAUCACGAGGGAAAAAUGUUUCAUACCCAUUCUUUGUCUAAAAAUCACUCACUAAAAAGCAUAUUCUUUAAAAAAUCAGUCAAAACUGACCGAAGCACUUAUUAGCUGAGGUCUGUUUCACUGAUCCAGUUAUACUUAUUUGAAAGUCCUAAUCCAUGAGCGAUUUGGAAGGUAACGUCAAUAAGUGUCACUCAAAGGACCCUCUAAAUCCAGAUAUUCACAAUGGUACCCGGAGUGCCCAUAGUCAAUCACAUAACUGUUCAUCAAAAGAAACUGGUUCAGGUUUUAUGCUGCUUAGCGUAAAACACUUAUCAAAAGUCAAAAGGACUAAACAACGUGCAACAAGUAUAGAUAGCAAUGUAUCUGAAAGAAAUGGCACAGAAAUUUGCGAAACUUUGCCUUUCUCGAACUUCAGUCAAGUGGAUGGUGUUUUAAUGCCUCAGAACACUAUGUGUGAUGAAGCUAUUCAUGAUGUUUAUGGAUCCGGAUCUAUCGAAGCUGAGGAGUUUGAAGACUUUGAUGACCCAGAAGAUGAUAUUGAAAUUAACGAUGAUGGAAAUAUAAUGAGAGAUUCAAGGACACUAUCCCAAAACUGUUUUGACGUUCGCUCUUGUUCAGUAAUUCCAACCCCAGUUAAACCAUCAAAUGGUGGAGACAUCUGUCAGUUCCAUCCAUCUACAAACUCUCAGUCAUUUGUAAAGCCAUUGAAUGGUCGUUUCAGGCCUUAUGAUUCUGCUGACAAAGUUUAUGGUAAAAAGUUCACAUCUAUGUAUCAAGAUGGCUAUCAACAAAACCAUUGUUUAUCUCCCAUAACAAUUCCGAAUUUUGGACAUCCUAGAAAUUCAGAAUGCCUCCAACCUUUCCAGAGUGAAUCUAUUUACCCUGCAUAUUCUCGUGACCCAUGUGACCUAGUUUCAAUAAACCCUAUCAUGUCGAAUAUAGUGUCAUCAUCAGAAUCUCCGCCUCAUGUUGAUUACUAUCCAUCUUCGAAGCAAAACCUAAACAUCGCGUAUCAUCUACGUGAUCAAGGAACAAUACCUGACCCUCACGGGUUUCGAAUAAAUUCGGACGUGUCGUACUCCAAGUCAAUAUGCAAUAUGGUCAAUAAUAAUUAUUCGGAUCCUCCAAAUACUUCAAACUGGGUAAAUUUAACAAAUGUACUGCAUCCUACAUAUCAUAUUGGUCUAUCUCCUCAUUCCAGACACGGUAGCUACAAUCAACCAAUAACUUGUCUGCAUCACCUACACCCAUCAACAUCAUCGGGCAACACAGCGUCAACUGUGUCUGUAAACAACCAUUUGACAUCGGACGUCGUUGCUAUGGCUGCAGCGUCACUCCCACCACUGCAACCGGCUUCAAGAUUUCGUAAGGCUCGGAUACAUGAAACCGUGGAGCAGUGGUCCUAUGGUCGGUUUUCUGUACACGAUUGUCAUUUGAAAGCUAUCCCUGACUGGGUUAGUGAGCUUCAAAAAAGGUCGUUUGUACGCGAGAAAGCUGUUACGACUUUAGCAAACAAAAGAAUCAAGUGUUUGUCAUGUUUCAUAUCAAAAGGUACUGAAGAUAAAGAAUCAUCUGUGUUCCCACGAGCCACACAUGACUCUGCACAUGUCGGUGCUUCUGUCGACACACAUUCCAGACACUCUCAUAAGGAAGUAGAUGCCCUGGAGAAUGAAUUAGAGGCUCACUCAAUGGUUCUGAGUAAUGGGUUUGCAGGAACUAAUCUUUUCUCUUUUUGGAAUAAUGGUCUUCGUGUUCAUAGUCAAGUUCCUUUCGCAGCUACUCACAUACGCAGUUCUGAACCAGUUUACGAUUCUUGUGGGAAUCGCGAUAACACUUCGCAAGAUGUCAUUGAAUUGGAAUGUAAGGAUCAGUCAGCCUGUGCAGUUAAUGGCCAUUACGAACAUUCCGACUCUGUUGACUCUUUAUCGCAAAGAGAAAAUAGAAUUCAGGGUGACAAAAUCGAAUUUCCAGAUAGUUCUUCAAUUCCUCUAUAUGCAUCAGACCCUGCUACUGCGUAUUUGCGUCGACAAAACAUGGGGAUAUCAAAUUACGUAAAUAAACUGUCAAUUGUUACAGAGUUGGAACAACACUAUGAUGACUCAGCAACCGCACCUCUAAAAACUUCAAAUAUGGCUACUCUCACCAAAUCAGAUUCCACCUAUACGGAUUCAAAAGAGGUUUCCAACCGUACUUCUGAAUGUGGCAAUUCUCAUAUACAUGAAAUUUGUUGCUGUAAAACUUCGGAAGCUAUUUCAAAUAAUGCUCCUCCAGUUAGUCCAAAUUCUAGUUUCGUUCCCAACAGGCCUCAUCAAAUUCCACUUGAAUUACAAAUUUCAGCGGAAAUUUCGAAAUCUAGACUCCGAUUGUUGGACUUACUGCCCGAUGAUGAUAACAACCUGGGGCGCGAAUGUACUAACAUAUUAUCUAUAGAUCCAAAUGUACAACGUCUGAUAAAUACAGAAGGUGCAAAACUGAUUAACAAAUGCGAAUCUGAAUAUAGUUUUUCAAAAUCUAAUAAUUCGGGUGGUUUUUCUAUGAAAUCAUUAAAAAAUAGUGGAUCUUACUCGCAAUCUUGUCGCCGUUCAAAAAGCUUUGAUGACAGCUCGUGUAUCAGUCGUUUGAAUAGAAUUAAAAAUAAUAGGUUGUACAAUUCUGACAUCGUUAAAAGGACAUGCGCUCCUUUAACUGUUAAUAAUGUGACCAGUUCUGGAUCACCAAAAGGUAUAAAGUUCCCUAGCGAUUUUGCCGAGGAAGUUGAAUACUACCAAAAUUCCAGAGAAUCUUCGCUAUUAUCAGAUCGUCUCGAGGCUCGAAUCCGUGCUAGUAUGGUAAGUUGGAAACCUCAUUAACCGUGGUUGAUUGUUAUCUGAUGAAAUAUUGAGACAUAUUCAGAAAGCUCGGUUGGCUUUUAGAAAAUUAUACCACUCUGCUAACGAAAUGGGUUGUAUACUGCUCAAUGAUUCGCUAUAUUUUCAUGACAAUGAAAAAUGACUGAAAGUUGAGGACAUUUGUAGGUCACGUAUCUUUAGAGCAUUAUUUGUGUAUGCGUGGUCCGCCAUUUGUGAAUAGUGAUAAGGUUAAAUGUCGAGUAUAGGUAAAUAUGGCAAAGCGUUUGGUGAGAUUAUGAAUCUGCAUCAAUUGAGGUGGCUGAGACAUAUUGUUUCUACUGAGCCCCCUUCCACCUCAAUGUAUGAUCCUAGCUGGUGUAGGAAUAGCUUGGGAUUAAAAGAAACACUUCAAAAAGUCCACGUUGCAAUAUACACAGUAAAAACACCAUGGAUUUCAUACCAUUCACGAUACAGUAUCCAUCAAAACAGCUUCAGAUACAGUGUUUACUACUUUCCUCUUCGGAUACAAAUGCCAUCCAUCUCUUACAGCGUUAAAUAGAGUUGCAGGAAUCAUUUGAAAUCUGGUGAGGGUUUAUAUCACUAAUGAUUAAGUGAAAUACCACAGAAUUGGAAUGGAAUUUUAAAGCACAAUUCACAUACAUGGAAAAUAAACAGCUAACUUUCAUGUAAUAUACUCGUCAAAACUUGAGUAGAUAAGGAUGCAGCAAAAAAAUAUUGGUACAUUACUCUUGUCGUUUUGGUUACUUUCCUUCGUAAAAGAUAGGAAAUAUAAGCGCAAGAUUCAGUUAUCCAUGUCCAAGUUCGCUUCAAAUAGCUGCAAUAAUGAGAUGAUAAACAAACAUUUAAUUUGUCUUUAGGGCGAAAGAGAAAGUUCUUAGUACGACAUCAACCAUAGGCAGAUACGUCCAUUCUUAAUCUACAUCUUGAUUUCCGGUGUUAUCCCAUACUUUUUAUCCUAUAAUUUUAUUUUUAUUCAAACCUUAUUCUCCAUCCCUAAUUUGUCUCCAUUCAUGAAUGGUAUUACUAUAAAAUUACUUUUAUUUAUUUCGUCUAACUAUACUCAUAUAUCUCAGCAACCUAGGCUGAUGCACCUUUGUGCCAGGUCCUGUGUUACUUAUGAUGAUAUGGUCAAGUAAAUUUGUUGAUGAUUAAUUUGACUUUUGUGACAUGUGCCUUCUGAAACAAAGAUCCCUGUUGUGUUCAUAAAAAUUGUCUUGGUAUGUUAAGCAAUAGUUUUGUUUUUCUUUUUAUAGGAGGCCAUUCGUUCGACAUUAGUCAAUAGUUUUCGAGAUGAAUUGGCAACUGUUCUGGCUGAGAAUGUCAAUUUACGUUCAGAAAUAACUCGAUUAAACUCAGAGUUAACGCUUAUCCGAAGUUAUCAACAUGCCUUCUUUGCUAUUCGACCAUUUGUCCCACCUGGCUUAUGGGAAAAUAUUUGUGUUCAACAAGGAUUACCUGUAUCAUCUUUUGAUUCAGAGUACCAAUCACCUUUCAACCCCCAGGUUUCCCGGUAAACAACAAAUCUUCACCGCUAUCAAACGAAGAGCGUUUUUCUAUAAUUUCCCAUGAAUUGUCAGUGCAAUAAUUAUCCCCACGGCGAUUUUGGCCGCCAAAAUCCUGAUCUCACUGCUAAAAAGACAUACGGAAAUUGUUUUAUCGAGUUGAUUUGCUUCCUUUACAAGAUUUUUCAUGUUUCUACCGAUUAUAUUUUCGUUUCUGGUUUUUUAAUGUUAUUCACGUUAGCUUGAGAUAAUCGUUUUGUUCUUCGAAGUCUGCAAACAAGUAUUUAUCUGCCAAAACAACUAACGAUAACUUACGCCUUCGAUUCUGUCCUACUUCUCUUUUUAUGUUAGCCUCUUUUUACCAGGCUCUUUCAUCCCCGUAACUAUCACUUGGUGUUACUGUUUGGGUUCAGGCUGUUUUGACAACAGUAAUUGUACACUUUUACGUGAACACCCUGCCAUGCUUUCUCGAGUAUGUAGGCCUGAACUGUGAUUUUCGAAGACUACUUGUGAUGUUUCCAUGUUUGUAUUAAAGCGAAACAUGUACAGUUUUAUAGAUUGUCUUUUUGUAUCUUAAUGAUACUUUCGAUUUCUGAUUCUUUUCUCUUUUCACCUUAAUAUUCUAAUUUCGUGAUCACUGGUAAAUAUUUAUGCUAAAGUAACGUAGUCAAUAUGUGUUCAUAAUUUGGAUUUCUGAUUCACUUUUGUCAGUAUGUACACAUUGUUCGUCGUUCCCUUCAAUUUGCUUAUUGUUGCAUUGUAUUUACGUCUUUUAUUCGCUCUUUUUGUCUUAUCGGCUUCGUUUAGUACAUUUUCGUUCCUGGUGAUGUUGCUUGUCGAAACAUAACUAGCCACAUAUUUUCACUUCUAACUCUGACCUUUGUUUGCGAACUAUGUAUAAACAGUUUCUACCAUCAAUGGCUUCAAUGAGAUUAUACAUUCCUGAAGUGACCAAACUCACUUGACAUGCUUUUAAAAAAAAUUCAAAUGUUUUGUGCCUAAACAGCUAUGCAUUUGUGCCUGUCAUUGGUUCGAAAUUUUUUGAAGCGUUUGAAUUUCAUUUUACCGUAAUGGGAGCAUUCGAUUCUUUUAUUGCAUGGCUUCAUGUUUCGUUAUUUUGGUUUUCGUGUCGAUCAAAAUUCGUGGAUUCUACAAAUUUUUAGGCCAGAUUCUGUAGAAAGGUAAUUGUACUUAAUAUCAUGGACUAGUCCUUUUUGUGUUUAUCACUAUAAUUCAUUGUAAAUAAUUUUUGCAUUGUCUGUGAUUCUAUUGUAAAUGCGCACAAACUUGUAAACGUAAGACCACCCCUUUUGGCCUUUACUGUUAAUCUUUUAUUCUGUCAGUGUUCCCAUCCAACUAGUCAAAGUUUUAAAAUAUUCAACUUUGACAUUUAUGUACUUAAUGUAGAUUAGUAGACUUCAUUUGUUAACUUUAUUGGCAUUUUCCAGGUAUUAAUAUUAGUCAACAUUCCUGAAUUCAUUGGUAGUGAAAUAUAUUUGAAAAAAAAACUACUGGAGGUAUUUAAUCAUAAUAAAUUUAAUUGCUACUCAU